GACCGCUUCACUUCGCAUUUUGCUGUGGCCAUCAACCAUGUCCGAAGCGUACGGCACAUUUGGAGGUUCAAGGCCGUCACCCCGCCAACAUGAGAACCACUGGAAGACCUUGCUGUCGUCGACUGGUGCUCGCGUCGGCGGAGUGGUUGCCGUCCUGCUCGUAGUUGUGGGCGGCUUCGUGCUGCUUCAGAGCCCGUCGAGUCCUGUUGCCAAGCAGGUCUCCGUUGAGCGAGACGCGGCCGUGUUGACUUCCUUCGAGCGCACGUUCAUCGAUGGCGUGCAGCCGGAGAAGCUGCGUGAGUUCCUGCACUCUUACGCUAGUGUUCCACACACGUGCGGCACUGAGCAAGACUACAAGACGGCAGUGUACACUGCGGAGCAGUUUACAGCCUUCGGACUGAAAGCUGAGAUCAAAGAAUACUACACGUUGCUGUCGUACCCACUUCACCGCCGUCUGUCCAUCGUGUCGCCCGAGCAGAGCGUCCACGAGCUCAACCUGACUGAGGUGUCGGUGCCCAAUGACGCGUGUACCAACAACCCGGACGCACUGCCGCCUUACCUGGCUUACUCCGACUCGGGGAACGUCACGGCGUCGGUCGUGUACGUCAACUUCGGCACCCAGGCCGACUUUGACUGGCUGGUUAGCCACAACGUGACCUUAGAGGGUAAAAUUGCACUGGUGCGGUAUGGUCGCAACUUCCGUGGCCUCAAGGUCGCACUGGCCGAGCAGCACGGGAUGGCCGCCGUUAUCAUUUACUCGGACCCAAAGGAGGACGGAUUCGUCCAAGGAGCGGUGUACCCGGAGGGAAUCUACCGUCCCAAAGGCUCCUUCCAGCGUGGAUCACUGCAGUACUUGUCGCUGGCUUCUGGAGACCCGUUGACGCCUGGUUGGGCUUCGGUUCAAGGCGCCCCACAACUGAAAUACGAAGAUGCUAGCAGCAUCCCACACAUUCCGGCGCUACCACUGUCGUACGAACAGGCAGACGUAAUUUUGCGCUCCAUUGGAGGUCGGAAGGCUCCAGAGGCUUGGCAGGGCGGACUCACGUACCCGAACGGCUACCGUCUGGGUGACGACGAGUCUCUUGUCUUAAACCUUGAUGUGCUCAUGGACAACAAAGUUGGUCCCAUCUGGGACGUCAUCGGUACCAUUGAGGGCUCGGUCGAGCCUGAUCAGCAGGUUCUGAUUGGCAACCACCGUGACGCCUGGGUGUGUGGUGCUGUGGACCCCAGUAGCGGAUCCGCCGUCAUGCUGGAGAUCGCUCGUGGAUUGGGUGACCUCGUCAAACAGGGCUGGAAGCCACGUCGGUCUAUUGUGCUGGGCUCCUGGGACGGAGAAGAAUUUGGUCUACUGGGCAGUACAGAGUUUGCUGAGGAGCGCGCCGAGGAGCUCAAGCAGAAGGCCGUCGCGUACAUCAAUGUGGACAACGUCGUCGGUCCGUUGGCUCUUGCAAUGGGUACACCAUCGAUCGCCAAGUUCAUCGAAGACACGGCCAAGGCUGUGCCUCCUAACGAGUUCUUCGGGCCCAAUGACACUCGCAAUGAACCAGGCGACAGUUUGUAUGCGCAGUGGGCUGCUCAGACCGCUCGCCACCGCUCGCAGAUCUACGGCCACCUGGGUGUGAUCUCAGCUAACCUGGGUUUCACGCUUAAUGGCGCAGUCUACGGCACUUAUCACAGCAACAUGGACAGCCUCAUGUACAUGGAGACUCUGGGCGACCCGCACUAUGCAACGCACGCCAAUAUGGUUCAAUGGUGGGGCCUCAUGACCAUGCGUCUAGCCACAGAUGUGGUCGUCCCCUUCGACUUCACUACGUAUGGACUCGUGAUGAAGGAUGAUCUUGCUGGCUUUGAGGGAAAAAUUCUAGCCAUGAACCACAGUGUAGACUUCACAGAGCUACACACGGCUAUCGCCAGCUUCACAGCUAACGCUAACGCGUUCCACGCGACCAUCCAGCAGUCGGAGGCUGCGAACGACGAGGAAUUAUUACGUGGAUGGAACGAGAAGCUGGUGCUACUGGAGCGCCACCUUAUCGAUGAGAACGGACUGCCUCACCGCCCGUGGUACAAACACGUGAUCUUCGGUCCGGGCUUCUAUGAGGGCUACCUCGGCACUGCCUUCCCGGGCAUCUCGGACUGCGUCGCUUUCGGCGACAACAGCUCGACUAUCCAGCGACAUGUGAGCGACGUCGCUCGUAUCGUCACGGAUGCUGCCGACUUCCUGGUCGAGGAUUAA